AUGUGCGGUAUCAUCGCCGUGAUCCACGCGGAUCCGAAAUCUACACAUGCCGCCAGCGAGGUACACGAGGCGCUAUAUCUCCUACAACACCGCGGACAAGAUGCGGCGGGCAUUGUAAGUGGUGACUCGCGCGGCCGCUUUCACCAGUGCAAGGGAAAUGGCAUGGCCUCCAGGGUGUUCCAGGAUGGCGCCCGCGUCUCAGACCUCCCCGGCUUCAUGGGCCUUGGUCACCUUCGAUACCCAACUGCUGGAAGCAGCGCAAACUCCGAGGCACAACCCUUUUACGUCAACAGCCCGUAUGGUAUCGCCAUGAGCCACAACGGUAAUCUUAUCAACGCGCCGGCACUGCGCGAGCAUUUGGAUAAGGAGGCACACAGGCAUAUCAAUACGGAGAGCGACAGCGAGUUGAUGCUGAACAUCUUCGCAAAUGAGCUCAACGAGACCGGAAAGGCCCGUAUCAACGCUAACGAUUGCUUCGCAGCCCUGGAACGGAUGUAUAAGCGCUGUGUUGGCGGGUGGGCAUGUGUGGCCAUGCUUGCCGGCUUUGGCUUGAUCGGCUUCCGCGACCCCUAUGGUAUUCGCCCCCUAGUCCUGGGAUCCAAGCCCUCAGAGUGUGGUACCGGUAAAGACUACAUGAUGGCCUCUGAAAGUGUGGCCUUGGUUCAGUGUGGCUACAAGGAUUUCAAAGAUAUCUUGCCAGGUCAAGCCGUUUUCAUCGAGAAGGGCGAAGAUCCUGUUUUCAAGCAAGUACACCCACUGCUGAAGUACACUCCGGAUAUCUUCGAGUAUGUUUACUUUGCGCGCCCUGACAGCGUCAUCGACGGUAUUGAUGUUGAUGAGAGUCGCCGUAACAUGGGAUUCACAUUGGCCGAGGCAAUCAAAAGCCAACUUGGUCCGGAGAGGCUGGCCGAGAUCGACGUUGUGAUGCCCAUUCCUGAGACAAGCAUCACCUCCGCCAUCUGCGUAGCCGAAGCGCUCGACAAGCCGUAUGUUCAGGGUUUCGUGAAGAACCGGUACAUUUUCCGUACCUUCAUCAUGCCAUCUCAGAAACUGCGACAAAAGGGUGUCCGUGCAAAACUGAACCCUAUGCCAAAGAAAUUCAAGGACAAGAACGUGCUAUUGGUCGAUGACUCCAUUGUGCGAGGAACCACAUCGCGCGAGAUCGUCCUCAUGACCAGAGAAGCCGGUGCAAAGAAGGUCUACUUCGCUUCCUGCGCACCUCCGAUCACCAACGCACAUAUAUAUGGUAUCGAUCUUGCGUCAUCAUCAGAACUCAUUGCCCACCACCGAGACUCGACUGCUAUAGCCAAGCACAUCGGCGCAGACGAUGUCAUCUAUCAGAAUUUGGAGGACCUUGUACGUGCCUGUGCGUCACUGUCACCUCGCAACCCGGCAGAGCAGGAGUUUGAGGUAGGCGUCUUCUGCGGAAAGUACGUCACUCCAGUGGACGACGGCUAUUUCGAGCACCUCGAGAAGGUGCGAGGAGAGAGCAAGAAGAAGAAGGUCGUGGAGAAGGCUCGCGAGGCAGUGAUGCAUGGCGUAGCAGACCAAAAGCAAAUUCGCAUGGCUGCUAAGGGAGUCGAAGUCGACCAACAUGGCAACGUCAUUCCUGCCGACAAUGGAAGUCCAGACUGGGGUCCAUUGAACGGUGUCAGUCUUGCUAACGGUACCACGAAACUCAACAGCAAAGACUCAAGCCGUAGACCUAGCUUGGAGGAGAUCCACGUUGGCUCAAGCCAGGACAUCAGUCUUCACAACCUAAACGACCAUCCUUGA